GUGCGCGAGAUUACGCGACUCAAGAGGCAGGCGCAGUUGCAGACUUGUCCAUAUCCGCCGAACGCUGACGGACGGUGUCAGUCGUGUUAGCUUCCUCCGGUAGAUAGUUAGCAAAUAGCCUAACUAGCCUCAGAGUUUAACAGCUGUUGUACGCUUCCGCACGAGCGUUUGAACGCGAAGCUCGCGCGCUGUCUCGUCCUGCAAUCACUCGUCCAUCCCGGACGCACGCGCCGCGUAUCCGUGUGUUUGAUCGCCUCCCCUUCCCCUUCCUUUCCAGCAGUGUGUGUGUGUGAGAGAGAGAGCGCACGCGUGUUUGUGUUGCUGUGUGUGGGGUUAGCAAGCUCUCUCCUUCUACUGUGACAGUCGAGUGUGUAUCCAGCACCAGUGGAUUGACAUUGUCCACAGUUGACCCUAAAAGCAUCAUCAUGCUGUGGAACGGUUCAGUUCGCGGCAGCCUCGGCCUCCUGGCCGUACGGAGGGCGUGUCUGUUCUCCCGGUCCGCCCACUCCGCCCCCAAGAGUGGCGAGUAUCGACCAAUCAAAAAGGUCAUGGUGGCCAACAGAGGGGAGAUUGCCAUCCGUGUGUUCAGAGCAUGCACAGAGCUGGGAAUUCGAACCGUGGCCGUUUACUCGGAGCAGGACACCGGCCAGAUGCACAGGCAGAAGGCAGAUGAAGCCUACCUGAUUGGAAAGGGUCUCCCUCCAGUCGCCGCCUACCUGGACAUCGCUGACAUCAUCAAAGUUGCCAAGGAAAACAACGUGGACGCCAUCCACCCCGGCUAUGGCUUCCUGUCGGAGCGCUCGGACUUCGCCCAGGCGUGUGCCGACGCGGGGGUGAUGUUCGUGGGGCCGUCCCCGGACACGGUGCGCAUGAUGGGGGACAAGGUGGAGGCGCGCUCCCUGGCCAUCCGUGCAGGUGUGCCGGUGGUCCCGGGUACUGACGCCCCCCUCAGCUGUCUGCAGGACGCCAAGGCCUUCGCCCAGACCUACGGCUUCCCCAUCAUCUUCAAAGCAGCCUACGGUGGGGGGGGCCGCGGCAUGAGGGUGGUCAAAGAGUACGAGGAGCUGGAGGAGAACUACCAGAGGGCCUACUCGGAGGCGCUAGCCGCCUUCGGCAACGGCGCCCUGUUCGUGGAGAAGUUCAUCGAGAAGCCGCGGCACAUCGAAGUGCAGAUCCUCGGGGACAAGUUCGGUAAUGUCAUCCAUCUCUUCGAGAGAGACUGCUCCAUUCAGCGGCGACACCAAAAGGUGGUGGAGAUCGCACCGGCAUUCCAGCUGGACCCCCACCUCAGAGCCCGUCUCCACACUGACUCCGUCACUCUAGCCAAGCAGGUGGGCUACGAGAAUGCAGGAACAGUGGAGUUCCUGGUGGACAAGCACGGGAAACACUACUUCAUCGAGGUCAACUCCAGACUCCAGGUGGAGCACACAGUCACCGAGGAAAUCACAGACGUGGACCUGGUGCACGCCCAGCUGAAGGUCUGCGAGGGCCAAAGCCUGCCCGACCUGGGCUUGAGCCAGGACAAGAUCAGGGUCAACGGCUGUGCCAUCCAGUGCAGGGUGACCACCGAGGACCCCGCCCGCGGCUUCCAGCCCGACACCGGCCGCAUCGAGGUGUUCCGCAGCGGCGAGGGCAUGGGCAUCCGGCUGGACAGCGCGUCGGCCUUCCCGGGCGCCAUCAUCUCCCCCCACUACGACUCUCUGCUGGUCAAGGUCAUCGCCAGCGGCAACGACCUGCAGGGCGCCGCCUCCAAGAUGAGCCGUGCCCUGGCCGAGUUCAGAGUCCGCGGCGUCAAGACCAACAUCCCCUUCCUGCAGAAUGUUCUCUCCAACACCCAGUUCCUCCACGCCACGGUGGACACCCAGUUCAUCGACGAGAACCAGGAGCUCUUCAACCUCAAGCCCACGCAGAACCGUGCCCAAAAGCUGCUGCACUACCUUGGUCAUGUGAUGGUGAACGGACCGACCACACCCCUUCCCGUGAAGGCCAAGCCCUCGGCCAUCGACCCCGUCAUCCCUCCCGUUUCCAUGGGUGACCCUCCGCUGGGCUUCCGGGACGUCCUGCUCCGGGACGGGCCGGAGGGCUUCGCAAAGGCAGUGCGGGCCCACAAGGGCCUGCUGCUCAUGGACACCACCUUCAGGGACGCCCACCAGUCGCUGCUGGCCACCCGGGUGCGAACCCACGACCUGAAGAAGAUCUCUCCGUUCGUCAGCCACAACUUUAACAACCUCUACAGCUUGGAGAACUGGGGAGGCGCCACCUUCGACGUGGCCAUGCGCUUCCUGUCCGAGUGUCCGUGGAAGCGUCUGCAGGAGAUGCGCGCCCUCAUCCCCAACGUGCCCUUCCAGAUGCUGCUGAGAGGGGCCAACGCCGUGGGCUACACCAACUACCCAGACAACGCUGUGUUCAAGUUCUGCGAGGUGGCCAAGGAGAACGGCAUGGACGUGUUCCGCGUGUUCGAUUCCCUCAACUACCUGCCCAACAUGCUGCUUGGCAUGGAGGCGGCGGGCGCGGCGGGCGGCGUGGUGGAGGCCGCCAUCUCGUACACGGGCGACGUCUCCGACCCCGCCCGCCAGAAGUACUCCCUGGACUACUACAUGAAGCUGGCCGACGAGCUGGUCCGCGCAGGCACCCACGUCCUCUGCAUCAAGGACAUGGCCGGUCUGCUGAAGCCGGAGUCCAGUAAGAUGCUGAUUGGUGCACUGAGAGACCGCUUCCCCGACAUGCCCAUCCACGUGCACACACACGACACCGCCGGCGCUGGAGUGGCCGCCAUGUUGGCGUGCGCCGAGGCCGGGGCCGAUGUGGUGGAUGUGGCGGUGGACUCCAUGGCCGGGAUGACCUCCCAGCCCAGCAUGGGGGCCAUGGUGGCCUGCGCCAAGGGAACCAAGCUGGACACCGGCAUCCCCCUGGAGAAGGUCUACGACUACAGUGAGUACUGGGAGGUGGCCAGGGGGCUGUACGCGCCCUUCGACUGCACCGCCACCAUGAAGUCCGGCAACGCCGACGUCUACGAGAACGAGAUCCCCGGCGGGCAGUACACCAACCUGCACUUCCAGGCCCACAGCAUGGGACUGGGCCACAAGUUCAAGCAGGUGAAGAAGUCCUACACCGAGGCCAACAAACUGCUGGGUGACCUCAUCAAGGUGACCCCCUCCUCCAAGAUCGUGGGCGACCUGGCCCAGUUCAUGGUGCAGAACAACCUGACCCGGGCGGAGGUGGAGGAGCAGGCGGACGAGCUGUCGCUGCCCCUGUCCGUGGUGGAGUUCCUGCAGGGGCACAUCGGCAUCCCCCACGGGGGCUUCCCCGAGCCCCUGAGGAGCAAGGUGAUCAAGUCGCUCCCCCGUAUCGAGGGCCGCCCCGGGGCCUCUCUGCCCCCCAUGGACUUCAAGGCCCUGGAAGAGGGUCUGCGCGUGGCACACGGCGAUGACAUCACACCCGAGGACGUGAUGUCCGCCGCCAUGUACCCCAAGGUGUUCCAGGAGUACAAAGAGUUCACCGCUAACUUCGGCCCAGUCGACUGCCUGAACACAAGGCUUUUCCUGGACGGACCAAAGAUCGCUGAGGAGUUUGAGGUGGAGCUGGAGCGGGGGAAGACCCUCCACAUCAAGGCCCUUGCCCUGGGAGACCUCAACAAGGCAGGCCAGAGGGAGGUGUUCUUUGAGCUCAACGGGCAGCUGCGCUCCGUCCUGGUGAAGGACACCGUGGCCAUGAAGGAGAUGAAGUUCCACCCCAAGGCCCAGAAGUCCAUCAAGGGCCAGGUGGGCGCGCCCAUGCCGGGCAAGGUCCUGGAGCUCAAAGUGGAAGUUGGCUCCAAGGUGGAGAAGGGCCAGCCCCUGUGCGUGCUGUCGGCGAUGAAGAUGGAGACGGUGGUCAACUCCCCCCUGGCCGGCACCGUCAAGGCCCUCCACGUCACGGUCGACUCCUCCCUGGAGGGUGACGACCUCAUCCUGGAGAUUGACGAGGAGUAGGACGACAGACGGCGACGGAGGAGGAGGAGGAGGAGGAGGAGGAGG